AAUCCACCAAAAAAAUUUGCUCGACUUUUGCGUGCCGCCAACCUUAUAUACGUAUGUUAACAGGGUAAAAAAAGUAUCGAAAAUCGAUUUUUCCGAAAAGACAUUCCCAGAGGUAUUUGAUACGGAGACUUCGAAUCUGAUGUUAGUUUUUUGAAAUUUUUAUUAAAAAGAUUUUUUUAAACAAAGGGCCGUUUUUUACAAAAAAAAGGUUUUUUAUAAAAUUUUACUAAGGAGUUUUUUGAGUCGAUGAACGCGAAUCUGGCGUUGUUUUUUUCAAAUGAUUACAUGGAUCACUCUUUUUACACAAAGGGCGACUUUGUUGUAAAAAACAAUUUCUUUUUAUAAAAAUCUGCCGAAGAGAUUUUGGGGUCGAAGAGGGCAAUACUGACGUUACUUUUUCGAGAAUUAAAAAAAAUUUUUCAAACCAAGAAUACCGAUUUUCAGAAAAACAUCUGUAACUUGUAUGAUACCGGGUACAGUCAACUGUAUAAGUAUGAUGAAUAAAAUAUUGUAUUCAAUAUCUCGUUAUGUAAUAAUUAGUAAUUAACUUUCGCAAACGGGUUUUAAACUAGCGUAGCUACUGUUCGUAUAUUGUGUGACUAAAACCAUUAACGACAGGGCUACAUUCGACUAUAAAGAGUAAUGUGUAAAUACGUGUAGUAGAAUGUGUAAAGACCAGUCAUAGAAAAAUAGUAUUCGGUGGCGCCACAAUCAAUUUUUUCUUGUGUAGAAACUAGUGCUACCAGAUUGUGAUUGGCCUAUGCCUAGUAAAGCUUACGAAGCCUACAAGCAAUCGGCGGCUUUAUAUGAUAAGUCACCCAACGCAACUACUCGAGACAAUUUACAUCAGCAACGUUAUUCUUUACGGUACAAUCGUCGUAUAACAACAAACUUCUUAUUAUGUGAGCUCGUUGUUAUUUUCUACGAUAUAUUCGAUGGGAUGGCCCUACUUUUAUUUUCGUCGAUCGUCCUUAUUCUUUCCGAUAUUCUUAACCACCUCACCGAUGUUCUAUUUUCGCCCAUGCUCUCUAUUCUGUCCGAUAUUCUCGACCGCGUCGCCCACAUUCCACUUUUGGCAACUCGCCGUUAUUGUCUCCGAUAUUUUCAACUACGUCACCCAUAUUCUACUUCCGUCUACUUGUCCUUUAAUGUAUUAAAAUGUGUACAGUUUGUCAGUGGAUUAUCAACCAUUCAGCUAUAA